AUGGCAUCCUCUUCUGCAUUUGUAAACCCAUUUUCUGAUUACGACCCCACCAUUUCAGACUUUGCUUUACACACCUAUACUCCUCCUAUACGGGCCCAACACUUUCCUAAUCUCCUCCCUCUUAAGCUCACAAGAGACAAUUAUCUCUUAUGGAAAAAUCUCUUCCUUCCUAUGCUUCAAAACUAUGAUAUGUUAGGCAUCAUUGAUGGGACUGAACCAUGCCCACCUCAAUUUAUUUCUUCUCCAAAAAACACUCUUACACCUAACCCUGCUUUUUCCAAUUGGACAAAGAAGGACCUCACCUGCAAAAUCUGGAUAAAUUUUGCCCUCUCUGACACUGUGCUUCCUUACACAGUUGGUGCAACCUCAUCUCGUGAUUUGUGGCUCACUCCAGAGAAACGUUUUGCUGCCCUCACACGUUCACACCUCCUUCAACUUAAAGCCCGCCUUUAA